UUCAACCAACAUGGCCGGCGAGGUGGAUAUGUCCCAGUACACCAUUUCAAAGGAAGUUGAUGUAAAUCUUCUUAAUUGUAGAACAGCUUUUUCUGGGCUCACAGAGAAAGAAAAGCUCUACGCUCAUUACCUGUGUUGUGCCUCAUGGGAGGGCGCUCUCAUUUGUUUGCUCCAAACGUCGCCGGAAUCUCCUGGAAUCUUCCUUCUUUUACAAGAAUUGUUCCAAGCAGAAUCUGUCGAGGAGCUCCAAGCAAGAGUUUUAAAAUCCGAAAAUGGCUUCUCCAAGGAAGACUUUGAGAAUUUUCUGAUUUAUGCUGCAGCAUUCUAUGGUAAUGUUGGCAACUACAAAUCAUUUGGCGACACAAAGUUUGUUCCUGAUUUACCAAAGGAAAAAUUGGAAAGUGUAGUUUUCUCAAGUAAAGCUUACAAGAAAAAUGCAAAAAGGGUGGAGCAACUGUGGGGUGACUGUGGAGAUAAGAUGUAUUCACUUACCCCCAAAUGUCGGCAACUUGGCCUUGGUGAGCAGGGUCUUUCCACAUAUUAUUCCAGUAAUUGUGCAAAGGCUGAUGCUGAAUUGGCGCAAGAGUUUAUGAAAGAAAAGGACAUAGAAACCUAUAACACAAGAUUAUUUAAGGAGGAGAAAGAUGGUCAUGUGACAUACAUUCUUCGCAUAGCUUCAGUGGCAAAAACUGCAGAGCCAUAUCCUGGAGCAGAUGGAGAAGAAGACAAAGUGGUAACAGUUUUGGGUUCUCAUGAAUUCAAAGGCUGCACCUUCAGGGUGGAGAGAGGAGAUUAUUCUGGUCUACUGAAAAGAGUUGUCAAAAAUCUAGAGAAAGCUAAGGAAUUUAGUGCUAAUAACAAUGAACUGUCCAUGAUAAAAAGCUACAUACACAGCUUCAACACAGGCUCCAUUCAGGCUCAUAAGGAUGGCUCUAGGUUCUGGAUCAGAGAUAAGGGACCCAUUGUUGAAACUUACAUAGGAUUUAUUGAGACAUACAGAGACCCUUCAGGUGUUCGAGCAGAGUAUGAAGGGUUUGUGUCAGUUGUUAACAAAGAGAUGAGUGCCAAGUUUGCAUCACUAGUGUCCAAAGCUGAGAAGUUGCUUCCUGAGCUGCCAUGGCCUCCUGCGUAUGAGAAGGACAAGUUUUUAAGACCAGACUUUACUUCUCUUGAUGUGCUGGGCUUUGGAAGCAGUGGUAUACCAGCUGGAAUUAACAUUCCUAAUUAUGAUGAAAUUCGUCAAGAAGAAGGCUUUAAAAAUGUAUCUUUGGGAAAUGUACUGGCGGCUCAUUCAGUUGACAAGAAGGUCACUUUCCUUAGUGAUGAGGAUCAAGAGCUGUUUACAAAGCUUAAAGCCCCAUCCUUUGAGGUACAAGUUGGCCUUCAUGAACUCUUGGGCCAUGGAAGUGGCAAGCUCUUUGUUAAGAAAAAUGAUGGCACAUAUAAUUUUGACCUUGACAGUGUGAUGCACACAGAAACUGGAGAAAAGAUCUCCAGCUGGUAUACUGACGGGGAGACCUGGUACACACGGUUUGCUGAAUUAAGUCCAUCUUAUGAGGAAUGCCGUGCAGAGUGCGUGGGAAUCUACCUUUGUACCUCUAAGGAAGUACUGAGAAUAUUUGGGCAUGAAGGCACUGAUGCUGAUAACAUAAUUUACAUCAACUGGCUGAAUAUGGUCCGUGCAGGUCUGUUAGGACUGGAAUUUUAUACCCCUGAGAAUAACAAAUGGCGGCAGGCUCACAUGCAAGCACGAUAUGUCAUUCUACAAGUUCUCCUUGAAGCAGGUGAAAAUUUAGUACAAGUGACCAGUAUCACAGGGUCAGAUGGUAAACCAGAUGUGUUGGUGACACUGGAUAGAACAAAGAUUGAAUCUGUGGGAAGGCCAGCUAUUGGAAACUUCCUCAGAAAACUACAGGUGUACAAGUCAACAGCAGAUUAUGAUGCUGGCAAAGCUUUGUAUGAUCAAUACUCAGCCGUAGAUGAGGAAUAUUUAGCACUGCGUCAGACGGUUCUUGCUCGCAAGACUCCACGAAGGAUGUUUGUUCAAUGCCAUACAAGCAUUACAGGAGACAAUGAUGUUAGUUUAACAGAAUUUGAAGCAAGCCCUGCUGGGAUGAUCAAGUCAUUCACAACUCGCUUUCCAAGUGAAGACAGUGUGUUAGAAGAGCUAUGGAGAGCUGAGAUGCCAUACCACAAGUUGUGAUAACAUAACAUGAACUGCACCAGAAAAAGAUGUUCCUGGCUAAAACCUCAUCCCCUGAAUUUCAGUAGCACAGAUACUAAUAUUGUCAUCACCCUGCAUAGCAGGCAUUAACUGAAUAGGAAAAUGGUAGGGGGCAAGGGGUUGUCCCCCCCUUCCCAUAGCACAUUUACCUCACACCUCCUCCCUUUGGCUUUUGUUUUAAUUAUUUUAUUAAAUUAUUAUCUUUUCUAUUACCCUUGUUUUCCUUGUUAAAACCACAAUAUCUCAACUUCUUUUCACCAAAAUGUAAUUUUUGGCAAAUCUUGUCUA